AUGGUCGAACCCUCAAAGGACGUGCUGUUCGAGCCGGGGACUUUCAAUGUCCAGAGCCGCCACCACAACUUGAUUGCUUUCUCCGUCGACGUGGGCUUGCUGCUGAAGGUGCUGCGAAGCGCGAGCGGCAAUGACACAGAGCGCCUGGAGGUCAAGCUCGUGCAGAAGUCAGUGGCGAUGCCGGGGCAGGAGGAGCCAGUGCAGAUGCCAUUUAUGUCGUUCACGGCGCGGGGCACCAGCGUGUGCAUCGUGCAGGACCUGCCGAUCAGCAAACCCUUCACGCCCUCGGAGAUAGACCGCGUCGCGGCCGCCAAGUCGGUCACGCAGUAUGCGCCCGUGUACCUGGACCUCAGCUCGGGCGGGCCGCGGCUGCAGGCGGUGAUCGAGCGGCUCAAGAGCAUAGGGCCCGUGCUGCGCCUGGGGAUUUGCAAGAAUGGAGACCUGCACAUCCAGGUGUCUGCAACCAAUGUGAUGCUGGGAGCACAGCUGCAGGGCCUAUCAGUCAUGCCGCCAGGUACCACCUUCGACCCCGCCGUAGUGGAUCGUGCUGCAACCGCUGAGGAGCAGUUGCAGGCGGCGCUCGACGCGGGCGAGGCCACCUCAGUGGUGAAGCACAUUGCCAAGGUGCUGGGUGUCAGCCAACUCUCUACCCCACACCAGAUUCUCUGCGGUAUCUCCUCAAACAAGGGCCACGUGCACGUCAUGUUCAUCUUCAGAGACCCCACCACCACUGCCGCCUUUGACGACAGCCUGGAGCUGGGCUUCAAGCUGCCGAUAAGGGCGGACGAGGACGAGGACGAGGAGUAG